CCCAGGUAAUUUGAGUUUGAGACCCCUGCUGUAAGUUAAUGCACAAGAGCGCUCAAACCAAAGUGCUGGCUUUUCCCACAGCCUUGAAGGCACCACGUCUGCUCCCCCUGCAGGUCACUUGCUGAGCUUUCUGCUCAGCAAAGCGCACUGAGUUCCGCUCAGACUGGCCAAUCGUGUCGCUCUGUGCUUCAGCACCAUUGCAGUGUGGAGACAUCAUCCGGAGGUGUAGCUCGCUGGCAGAAGGAUCAUUUCAGAGGAAAGAUACUCGACCUAGGUGAGCGCUCGUGGGCCAACACCACCUUCACGUCCCCGAUACAGCCACCGCAUGACAUCACCACAAGCAGCUUCAGUCCGGGUGACCCUCAGUGAUUGACAGAUGUGUGACACUGUGGAGAACCAUUUGCCUCUCCUAGUGGAGAUCUGAGUUCUGGGACACUGAGGCAGCCGAGGGGGGGUCUCUGAGGAAGAUGCUGGGUUCAGAGCGCGGCGUUGUCGAAGAAUGGCUCUCAGAAUUCAAGUCCUUACCAGAAACCCACAUCCCCAGCUACGCCGGCAGCCUUCAUCUGAAGAAGUCCCUGGUGCCGGCCCUCUACAGAGUCAUCCAAGACCCCAACAGUGAGCUGCUGGAGCCUGUGUGCCACCAACUGUUCGAGCUGUACCGGAGCUCUGAAGACCGCCUGCGGCGCUUCACCCUGCAGUUCCUGCCUGAGCUGGUGUGGGUAUAUCUACGCAUCACAGCCAGCAGGGAUCGUCAGAGCAACGGCUGCAUCGAGGCGCUCCUCUUGGGCAUCUAUAACCUGGAGAUCGUGGACAAAGACGGCAACAGCAGGCUCCUCUCCUUCACCAUCCCAUCUCUGUCCAAACCAUCAAUAUAUCAUGAGCCGUCUAGCUUGGGCUCCAUGGCGUUGACGGAGGGGGCCCUGUGUCAACAUGACCUGAUCCGAGUGGUGUACAGCGGCCUCCACCCACAGAGAGAGACCUUCACGGCCCAGAACAGGUUUGAAGUGCUGUGCUUCCUCAUGCUCUGCUACAACUCCGCUGUGGUCUACAUGCCCCUCUCGUCCUAUCAGUCGGUCUGCAGAAUGAGCUCAAGGCUGUGUGUAUGUGGGUUCCCCCGGCAGCAGCAGAAGCUCUGGAGGGAACCGUGUAACCGUGUGCUGCUGGACCCCGAGUUCAUGGUGCAGAUGCUGACGGCCGUCUAUCACGCCAUAUACAAUGGCGAGUGGGAGAUGGGACGGGAAGCUCUGGAGGACCUUCUGUACAGAGCCCAGCUGGAGCUUUACUCACAACCUCUACUGCUGGGGAACGCCAUGAAGAACUCUCUGCCAGAGAUGGCUCCCGAUGAGCCGCGGGGCCGUAAGGUGCUCCAGGUGGAGGUGACGCCCACCAUCAGCCGCAUCUCCAUCUCCGCCAUCACCACCGCCUCCAUACGACGCCACCGCUGGAAGAGAGAGGAUUGUUUUGACUACUCAACCGAUGCAGAGUUGAGCCUCAUCGUCAAUCCUCCUAGCCUCGCCCAGCACCACCACCACCACCACCACCACCACCACCACACCCCCUGGGACCCCGCAGCCAAAGAGGAGAGAGAAGGGCCUCACAGCCACCACAGCAGCAGCAGCAGCAGCAUCAUUCCCCCCAUCACAUUUGAGGACGCUGACGGUAUGAGCGGCGGGGAAGACUCGUUCAACGUCAACGACCCAGACGAGGGUUUCUCCUCCGGGGCGUCCAACAGCAGCCAGCCCAGCGGCACCAAGGCGGGCGGCGGCGUGGGGCCGAGGGGCGGCAGCCUCAACAGCAGCAGCAGCAGCAUCAAGAAAGCCAUCACGGCCCGGCUGUCCCGGGACAAGGAGAAGGAGCGGGAGAAGGAGCGGGAGAAGGAGCGGGAGAAGGAGCGGGAGAAGGAGCGGGAGAGGGAGGCGGAAAAAAAACAGGCCGAGUUGUCCGCGGAUCACCAAGCCGUGGUGAGACGGCAUCACCAGCGGCAGCAGUCGCCGCCAGCCAGCAUCAACCUGGACGCCAUCCAGCUGAGCCCCAUCAAGAAGCACCUGAGCUUCCCGGCGGGGCCCACGCUGGUGCGGACUGGCAGCACCUCCUCCAGCAAGUCCUUUGACUGCAUGAAUUUCAACCUGAACGGAGGCGACAAGGAGCGGGAGGAGGCGGCGGCGGGGGGGGGCUCCGACAAGGAAGGGGGGCUCCCGGCGGGCGGCUCCCACCGCCACUCCACCAUCAGCCUGAAGGAGGAGCACCUCCUCAGGCCCGAGGACGCCCAGGACCUCCUCUCUCCUGGAGCUCCUCUCACCAAGCAGUCCCGCUCCCCCAGUUUCAACAUGCAGAUCAUAUCACAGGUCUAACAUGCAGAGCAGGGCGUGGCACACACACACACACACACACACACACACAUACACACAAACACACAAACAAACACAUAUACACACAAGAUACCUGUUCAUAACUCAUCCUCAUGCAGGUUUUCUCUGCAACUCUUUACAGCUCAACUUCAGUCUACCUAUCUGUGUUGGUGUGUGUGUGUGUGUGUGUGUUUGUGUGCUCAAGAGUUGUCUUCACCCUUUUAACAUCCAUUACAAUCGUGACCUGCAGCCGUUUAGCGGGUUUAUUGUUACUGACGAAUGCAACGAGAGAAAAGUAGUAACUGGUGACUUCCCUCUGCUGUAACAGUCCAGCAUGUCGCUGCAUCCUGAGCAUCCCACACACAAACUGUCCUCUAAAGGGAGGAAACAUGGAGAGGAAACACGUCAGGAUGCCGCGCUAGCUGCAGGGGACGUGUUUGACAUUUCAGAUUUUUUGAGUUCCUGACUGAAUCAGUCAAAAAAUGAAUCAGCAAUAACACUUACCGUCGCUCAUGUGGAGAAGAGUGGGAAUUAUUGCUCUUUCUCUUCAUUCCUUCCCUUUCAUUCCCGGGCUCACGUGCAAUCGUUCUUGCUGAUUAUCUUCCUUAUUAAUUGCUGUUUUUUUAAUUAGGCAUAAAUGGUUUUAAGAACUAUACUUUUUCUUUUUUUUUAAAUCAUAAUCCAAAGAAGGUAGCCUCUGUUUUUCAUCACUUGUUUGAAAGUGAUUGGACAGUCUGACCCAAGCUAUUCUCUAGUUUUCUGCCCCUUUUUUUUCUUUCUUUUUCUGUUAUUCUCAUUUGAUCUGUACAAUCAGACUUUUUAAGAUUGUUGUAAAACCAAACUGGAGUGUGCUAAGGGUUUGUCUCGCCCCCGGGGGCUUUAAACUGGACAAAUCUGAAGAAAUCACUACUGUGCAGCUGCAAGAGGAAAAUAAUUCAUCUUGUUUAAAAAUCUAAAGCUGAAUCUUGUGGAAGAACUGGAUAAAAAAACAGUUGCAGGUUUUGGGUCUGAAGCUAAAAGGCAAUGACUGUAUUUUAUAUUGGAUUGUUUUCACGGUUCAAACCAUUUACCGAGUCCUUCCAUCUGAAAGCACUUGUAGGUGUGUUUGGCUUGUGUGUGUGUGUGGCGUCACGUCUGAGCCGGUGACGUUCUGCCCCCUGGAGGCGUGUACCCGUCACUGCGCAUCAGCCGUCACCGUGACGACCGCGGUUGCGUUCUGUGCUCUGAUUGGAUGCUCAUGAAAACAUUUUGUUCUACCUCAUUGUGUGUUCACCCUGCCACUCAGACACCUGUCUCCCAAUCAGAUGCAGGAUUUAAAGACCCUGUUAUUAGGUUUUGACCAGUUCUGGGGGGGGAUUAAAUAGUGGAAACUGGUUUCACACUGUAACUUAAAUGACACUGUAAAAUCUGAGUUGUGACUGAAUAUCUCGGCCUUGCAUUUCAGUUCAACCACACCAUGCACAAACCCCUCGCUGCAAAACACGACUGUCUUCAGGUUUAUUCUGUCGUAUAUCAAACAACUGCAUCAGGAUUAACCUGAUUAUUUCAAUUCCCUAGAAAUGUCCUGCUUAUCUUUCCUUUUUUCUUUUCUUUUUUUUUAAAUGUAAUGAUUUUUUGAAGUGCAAUUUUUUUAUCCUCAUGUGCAUGGAGUUGGAUCUUCUCUGCUGUUUAAAUGCCUGCAUCUGCGCACAGUGCUAGCUAGCCUUCUGUAGUGCUCCCUGCCCAGGCUGAGUGAUUUGAACAUGGCGUGCUUGUCUGCAUGUUUAGUGCCCUGCAAAAAGCACUGCUGUUUCAGAUGCGUGAAACAGCCAGCGAGCCAAACCCCAAGUCUCGUCCUUGUCUUUGCCAGAUGUGCCAAUACACAUCCUCUCCUUAAGGAAAUUAUAUUUUGCUUGGGUGUCUUAAGUUUAAAAAAAAAAAUUGCCUAUUUUUUUCUGUUUACUGGUCUUAUUUCAAAGUUAAGGGACUAAAAUAAGGGAUGUUUGGACGUACGGCUCCUCAACGUGCCCUUAGAUGCAGCUUCACCUUUUUUGCCAUGACAAUUUUUUUCUUUUCCACUCAUCGCAGGUGUGACGCAACACACUGCACUCUCACUAUUUGCUGUUCACGUGUUAAAAGCAGUAUAUUACGCUGUCUGUGUGCCGUAGAUGUCAGCUGUUGUAUUGCAUUUCCCCAUGUCUUGCUCAAGUGCUCGUUUUUAAAAAUGAGGAUGAAUGAUGUAAUGUAUAUAACAGUCAGUCAGUUCAGUCUGCAGUGAAAUCCCCCACGCACUCA